AUGGAUCCGCAACCAUCGCAUGCCUGCGGUGACAAUCCAGCUCCGCCGGAGGCCCAGCCUCAGGAGAAGCACGGCGAGAACGGCGGCAGCAACGCAAAUCCUGAUCAGGAGGCCCAGCUGCCAUCCGGCCAUGCGGACGCCGCCACAAAUGCCAACGGCAACAAGAAGUCUCUCGCAUUCCACCUGAGCUUCGUCGGCAUCGCACUGGUUGCCUUUCUGUUUUCUCUCGAUGCCACCACUCAGGCAGUGGCACUUCCCGUCAUCGCCGACCAGCUCGGCGGCACCACGCUGCAGUCCUUCUGGGCAAACAUCGGGUACUUGCUGUGCGUCGUCGUCACCCAGCCGCUGUACACGGCCGUCUCGGACGUCUUCGGCCGCAAGCCGACGCUCUACUUCGGCCUCGUGCUUUUCGCCGUCGGCUCGCUCGUCUUCGCCGUCGCCCGGGGCAUGAUCACCGUCGUCGCCGGGCGCGUGCUCCAGGGCAUCGGCGGCGGCGGCAUGGACCUGAUGGCCGAGGUCAUCGUGGCCGACAUGACCACCCUGCAGGAGCGCUCCCUCUACCUCGGCCUGCUCGCCAUCCCCACCGCCGUCGGCAGCAUCCUGGGCCCGACCCAGGGCGCCCUCUUCACGACCAACGUGUCCUGGCGCUGGAUCGGCUGGUUCAACCUGCCGAUCCUGGCCGCUGCCUUCUUGCUGCUCCUCUUCUUCCUGCGCCUGCGCCCGGUGGACAGCUCCAUCGCGAUUAAGCUCAAGCGUGUCGACUGGGCCGGGGCCGGGCUCUCCCUUGUGGGAGUUGCCCUCCUCGUCGUGCCCCUCAGCUGGGCCGGUGCCCUGUACCCUUGGAAGUCGUGGGAGACCAUCGCCCCCCUGGUUGUGGGGAUACUGCUUGUGCUUGCCUUCUUGUUGUACGAGUUCAAGGUGCCCAAAGCGCCCAUCUUCCCUCUCCGCCUCUUUCGCUCUCGGACGGCCAAUCUAACCCUCCUUGGCAACUUCAUCCAGGGCGCCUCGCUCUAUUCGCUGCUGCAGUACUUGCCACUUUUCCUCCAAGCCGUCACUGUCAACACAGCCCUCGGGUCUGCCAUCAAGCUGCUUCCCACCAGCGUCACGAGCGUCGUGUUUGCCGUUGGCGGCGUGAUCAUGGUUGGCGUCAUUGGAAAGGGAUACCGGUGGCCCAUCCGGGCGUACUGGCUCCUUCUCACACUGGGCAGCGGCCUCCUAGGCCUCUCGGGUGUGAACACGCCCACCAGCAUGCUGCUGGGUCUGCCGGUCCUCUGGGGCGCAGCAAUCGGCGCGCUGAUGCGUCUUCUGCACCUCCCCAUGCAGGCCAGCGUGUCCGAUGUCAACGACACAGGCCUCGUCAUCGGCCUGCUUCUGGUCAUUCGCCAGCUAGGCGGCGUCGUCGGCCUCGCGCUCUCCUCCACCAUCUUCAACAGCGUCUUCACCUCGUCCAUCAACCACCUGGAGCUUCCAGACUCCCUGGCCACCGUGCGGGAUGCCAGCCAGGCCAUCGCCUUCAUUCCGCAGCUCAGAAGCUUGAACGUCCCCGCCGACGUCCUGGGGCCCGUUUUGCAGGCUUACGCAGCGUCCAUGCGCGCCGUCUUCUACACCAUGACGGGCUUAAGCGCGGCCGGGUUGUUUACCUCGCUUUUCAUCGAGGACGUCAGCCUCAAACGGACGGAGCUGGGCCGGCAGCGGUUCGAACACUGA